AAGCAAAAUUCGUUUCUAAUACAUUUUGUAUCGGCUCGUUAGAUGUGACUGUCAUUUUAUUAUAAAAAUAUGGAAAGGGAAAACGUAGUGGAAAUAUCGAUACAAAGACCUCUUUACGACUACGAACAAGUGCGCAAGAAUUUCCAAUACGAGGAACCUAAGAAAAAUUUUUUUUCUCAACUUUUACCCAAAAAAGUGUCACUCAAGGACAUAGCAUUGAGAACUUUCCCAGUUUUGGAAUGGCUACCGAAAUAUCAAUGGAAAACUGAACUUAUGGCUGAUUUAAUAGCUGGGUACACCAUAGCGGUCAUGAAUAUACCCCAAGGAAUGGCGUACGCUCUUCUGGCAAACUGCCCUGCCGUUGUUGGAAUUUACAUGGCCAUCUUCCCACCUCUAGUUUAUUUCGUUUUCGGUACUUGUAAACAGGCGUCAGUAGGAUCUUUCGCAAUAACUUGCCUAUUGACCGGAAAAGCUGUAUUAGAACACGCAGACCCGGCUUAUUUCGAUACUACCGACACAGAUGUCACCCCGACUGGUUAUUCCCCCUUACAAAUCGGUUGUGCUUUGUCUCUACUGUCAGGAUUCAUCCAAUUGUUGAUGUAUUGUUUGAGGCUUGGAGCUGUUUCGGCGCUGUUGUCUGAUGUUUUAGUGAAAGCGUUCGUUUGCGGAUCGGCUUAUCAGAUCGUGAUAACACAAAUCAAGGAUUUGGUCGGCAUUCAUAUGCCUAAAAUCAGCGGAAAUUUCCUAACAAUCAAGACAUUGAAAGUGAUAUUUGACGACAUACAAGAUGUCAAUUAUGCUGCUUUGAUAAUCUCGGUCACAGCAAUCUUAGUAAUGUUGUUUAAUAAUGAAUAUUUAAAGCCCAUUGUAGCAAAGAAGUCUUCCGUACCUAUCCCCAUAGAACUAAUAGUAGUAAUAAUAGUAACAUUAAUCUCAAGAUAUGCACGUUUCAACGAAAAAUAUGGCGUCAAGAUAAUAGGAGAUAUUCCUACAGGUUUACCCGAACCAAGUUUCCCCGAUUUUGAUGUAGUUCCAAAGAUAAUCACAGAUGGCAUUUCUAUGUCCAUAGUAAGCUACGCUCUAUUAGUAUCAGUAGCUCUAAUGUUAGCUCAAAAAGGAAAUUACGAAGUCGAUCCAAAUCAAGAACUUUUGGCUUUGGGGCUCAGCAACGUCAUAGGUUCCUGUUUUUCUUGUAUACCGACUUGUUCGUCUUUAACCAGGUCCGUAAUCCAAGAAGUUGUCGGCGGUAAAACCCAAAUGGUAUCCAUAGUCGUUUCUCUUAUACUUACCAUAACCCUACUUUGGAUAGCUCCGUUUUUCGAAGCGUUACCGAAGAGUAUUUUGGCGUGUAUUAUAGUGGUUUCUUUGAAAAAUACGUUAACUCAGAUCAAAGAUUUCGUAAAAAUUUGGAAACUGAGUAAAAUCGACGGUAUGGUUUGGUUAUCGACGUUCAUAGCCGUAGUUUUCGUCAGUAUGGAAGUAGCUCUAAUGGUCGGAUUGGCUCUAUCUCUAUUUUGUAUAUUAUUAUUGAAUUUCAAACCUUAUUCUUGUAUUUUGGGGUCCAUACCUCACACAGACGUUUAUUUGGAUACGGAAAGAUACAAAGGGGCGGUUGAUAUUAGAGGUAUCAAAAUAUUUCAUUAUUGUGGUGGAAUGAAUUUCGCCUCGAAAAAUAUUUACAAAAAUAAUUUGUACGACAAAAUCGGGAUGAAUCCACAAAGGGAAUUGAUAUAUAGAAGGAAGUUGGAUAAAUUGGAAGGAGAAAUGAAAAAUGAUACCUCAUCGAAAAACGGAGAAAAAAUAUUAAAACUAAAAGAAAAACUGAAUUUCGAUUUGAAAUAUGUAAUAUUGGAUUUUUCUUCUGUCAGCGGUUUGGAUCCUUGCACGGCGGACAUGUUGCAAAAUGAAAUUACAACGUUUCGAAAAUUGGAGAUUACAAUUUACAUUGCCGCUUGUUCAGGUGAAAUCUACAACACGCUUCGGAAAUGUCGAUUGGUGAACGAUGGGAAGGAUUCGUUGAUGGUUUUUUUGACGGUGCAUGACGCCGUUCAAACUGCCGUUAAUAAAAUGAGGGAACCAUCGGUAGAUGGCGCUACUAGAUGAUUAUUUAAGAUUCGAAGUAUUUUAUAGAAGAAAAUCUCGAAAAAAGAAUUAUAAUAUUAAAUAUAUUUGUA